AUGUCAAACUCCUUAGAGCAAUUGAAAGCAACCGGAACUGUUAUCGUCACCGAUACUGGUGAAUUCGAGUCAAUUGCCAAGUACACUCCCCAGGAUGCUACUACCAACCCAUCCUUGAUUUUGGCCGCAGCAAAGAAACCAGAGUAUGCCUCCUUGAUCGACAUCGCAAUCAAGUACGCCGAUGACAAGGGAUCUUCCCCUAAGGAAAAGGCUUCCAUCGCGUUGGACAGAUUGUUGGUGGAGUUCGGCAAAGAGAUUUUGGCUAUUGUUCCAGGAAGAGUUUCUACGGAGGUCGACGCUAGAUUGUCUUUUGACAAGGAUGCUACUAUCAAGAAGGCACUUGAGAUUAUCAAGUUGUAUGAAUCUAUUGGUAUCAACAAGGACAGAAUCUUGAUUAAGAUUGCUUCUACUUGGGAAGGUAUUCAGGCUGCCAAAGAAUUGGAAGAGAAGCACAACAUUCACUGUAACUUGACUUUGUUAUUCUCAUUUGUUCAGGCUGUUGCUUGCGCUGAGGCCAAGGUUACAUUGAUUUCUCCAUUUGUUGGUAGAAUCUUGGAUUGGUACAAGGCUUCAACUGGAAAGGACUACGACGCCGAGUCCGACCCGGGAGUUGUUUCUGUCAGAAAGAUCUUCAACUACUAUAAGAAGUUUGGAUACAACACCAUUGUCAUGGGUGCCUCUUUCAGAAAUACUGGUGAAAUCAAGGCUUUGGCUGGAUGUGAUUACUUGACUGUUGCUCCAAAGUUGUUGGAGGAAUUGCUCAACUCUACUGAAGAUGUGCCAAAAGUUUUGGACUCUGAGUCUGCCCAAGCUUUGGAAGACACGAAAGUUUCCUACAUUAACGACGAGUCUGAGUUCAGAUUUUUGUUGAACGAGGAUGCCAUGGCCACUGAAAAGUUGGCACAGGGAAUCAGAGGUUUCGCUAAAGAUGCGGAGACCUUGUUGUCUCAAUUGGAGGCAAGAUUCUAA